AUGGACCCCGUUUCCAAUGCUGUGCACAUCCAGAUGCCUGCGCCUGCCCAACAAUCCUCUCCCCACGAGGCUCCGCCGCAGACGGGCGUCCUCCGGCCGGCGGACAAGACGCUGUCGAGCGCGUCGGACCUCCUGAAGCUCCUGCCGACGGGCACGGUGCUGGCCUUCCAGGCGCUCGCGCCGUCCUUCAGCAGCAACCACGGCGUCUGCCACGCGGCCAACCGGUGCCUGGUCCUGGCGCUCAUCGGCGGCUGCGCCGCCUCAUGCGUGCUCCUCUCCUUCACGGACAGCCUCGUCGGCCGCGACGGCAGGCUCUACUACGGCGCGGCCACGCUCGGGGGCUUCUACCCUUUCAACUUCACCGGCACGCGCGCCGAGCGGGACGCGGCGUUCAAGGACCUCUCCAGGUUCCGGGUCACGCCCAUGGACUUGGUGCACGCCGUCGUUUCGGCGCUCGUGUUCCUCGCCGUAGCGUUCGCCGACGCCGGCAUACAGAGCUGCCUGUUCCCGGACGCCGGGACGGAGACGAGGGAGCUGCUGGUCAACUUGCCGGUUGCCGCUGGCUUCCUCGCUAGCAUGGUGUUCAUGAUCUUCCCCACUACCAGGAAGAGCAUCGGCUACACGGAUAUGAUGCCCCACUCGCAGUGA